GAUGGCGCAACCAAUUUUCCUAGGACAACUUCUGCAAUUUUACCUGCCCACCGAGAAGGAAGUCUCGAUGGAACAAGCUUAUUGGUAUGCGGCAGGCGUGGUUUUCUGUUCCUUAAUCAACAUUCUCAUCACUCAUCCGUUCAUGAUGGGCGUUUUGCAUCUGGGCAUGAAAAUUCGGAUAUCCUGCUGCUCGCUCAUCUACAGAAAAUCGCUGAAGCUCAGCAAAACCGCCCUGGGGCAAACCACCGUUGGCCAGGUGGUCAAUCUGCUCUCAAACGAUGUGAACCGUUUCGAUGUGGCUGUGAUAUUCGCCCACCAUCUUUGGUUGGGCCCCCUUCAAACGGCUCUUUGUACUUAUCUAAUGUAUCUGCAAGUGGAAGUCGCUGCUGUUGUGGGCGUCCUGCUGCUCAUCGCGUUUAUUCCAUUGCAAAUUUACUUUGGUAAAAUGAUCUCAGUGUUCCGGUUGAAAACUGCAAUGCGAACUGACGAAAGAGUGCGACUGAUGAACGAAAUUGUCUCGGGCAUUCAGGUGAUCAAAAUGUAUGCCUGGGAAAAACCCUUUGCCAAGCUGGUUGAUGCAGUGCGAAGAUAUGAAAUCAAGUCGAUAACGAAAACGUCGUACAUGAGAGGCAUUCAACUGUCCUUCAUCAUGUACAGCACAAGAAUCUCCAUAUUCGGCAGCAUCCUGGCUUAUGUGCUUCUCGGCCACAACAUCACGGCGGAAAAGGUCUUCGUGCUCACUUGCUUCUACAACAUUCUGCGCCAGACCAUGACAGUGUUUUUUCCUUCGGGCAUCGGCCAGGUAGCUGAAGCUCUAGUUUCUAUUGGCCGAUUGAACAAGUUCAUGCAGUACGACGAGACUGAAAUCGCCAAGGCCUUAAAGGAGAAGGGCGCCAAUGAGAAGCGCUCGCUGAAGCCGGAAAACACCCCAGGAAUUUUCCUCAAAAACGCCUCUGCCAAGUGGACUGCCACUCAGUCGGAUAACACUUUGACGAACAUCACGCUAUCGGUAACUCCAGGCGCUCUUCUAGCAGUUAUCGGGCCUGUUGGUAGCGGGAAAUCGUCGCUGUUUCACGUGAUCCUGCAAGAACUGGUCCUCAACAGUGGCAAUUUGCGAGUUAAUGGAGAGAUCAGUUAUGCCUCUCAGGAACCGUGGUUGUUUGCAG